AUGAUACAAAAGGAGCACUUCGAGCACUACAUGGAGACUGUAGACGACCCGGAACUGGCGGAUCAGCUCACGAUAUUGCGUCUGGCGGAUGUGGACGAAUUGAAAGACGUGUUGAUAGCCAGAUAG